AUGCAGCAGCAGCAAAAUAUAUGGCUGGAGGCUCAGAUAGUGCAGAGCCAGGUGAGGGAGGAGUGGCUCAUCUCUUUGAUUGUGGAGUCCAAUGCACGUACCACAGAACAUGUGGUGUCUGCUGCUUGAAUGCUUCCGAAGCAUCCAGCCGCCACCACCACCGCCCCAGCCAAUGUUUGUCCCACCUCCCUAUCAAGGAUACCACACACCUCCCCAAAACUACCAUAUGCAUGCCAAUCCUGCCUCAAGCACAGCCUUCUUUGACCAACCAGCCGAUGAAGACUAAACUAAAUACUUCCAAGACUUAGUUCCAAGACGUAGUUCCUAACAUGUUGUUAACUCAGUUCAGUUUAGGGGCUAAUAGUUGGCAGUUUAUCUAUGGCUCUGAAGUCCAUGAGCAAGUCCCUAAAAGUGUAUUUCUGUUGAACUAGCAACUGUUAUUUCUGUAUGGGAAAUGAGGAGGCCUAUCUAUGGCCCUGUUUGGAUAAAAGUUUGUUUACUUAUUCUGAAAAGACAGCAGAAUCCAGAUUAGUAAAAAAAAAAAAAUGCUUUUCUGUAUUAACAAAACAUGUACAGUUUAAAAACAUGUACAGUUAAACUGUAACAUACUUUUUUAUUUUUAAACAAUGUUUAUUUCUGUUGGAACUUGCAGCUGUUUGUUCUGUUUUGGAAAGGAAAAGGCCUACACCAGGGCUCCCCAACACUGUUCCUGGAGAACUACCCUCCUGUAGGUUUUCGCUCCAACCCCAGUUGUAUCUAACCUAAUUAUUUGAAUCAGGUGUGCUAGAUCAGAGUUGGAGUGAAAACCAACAGGAUGGUAGCGCUCCAGGAACAGGAUUGGAGAGCCUUGGCCUAAUUAUAUGGCUCUGUUUAAACUUGAUAAAGCAAUGUUGUUUACUUAUUUAAAAAAGCAAAAUUAAUUAAUUAAAAAGAAACCUUUUUAGUUAAUUAAAGUAAAUGUUGCAGUCAAAAUAGCUGUGCUUGAUAACAUUUGUGCAACUUGAUAACAUGUGCAUCUUUAAAACAAAAUUCUAAACAAAUGUAUUUAUUAGCUUAUCUGCUUUUUUUGCAUCAACGAUCAUUUUCACAUAUAUUAUGACAGGAUUGCUUUGGCUGAAUACAGAAGUGGUAGUAGGCCGUGUACUACUAAGUAGUACUUGUAGUACUACUAAGUCCUAUUUAGUCUGACAUGUCAGGUCAUUUGUUUACAUUUCUCGUCUGUGGAGAGGGAAGUUGGCUGUCAUGUACAUGUGCCUUGCAGCAUGACCAUCAGCGUUGGUUGCACCAGGUUGAGGUAGGGCUCUCUCCAAAGCUGCUGCUUCCUCCAUCCAGCCAGGGUUUACAUGCUUCUUUUCUCUCUCACAGCAGUUGUGCAAUGCACAACAAGUAGCGACCAUGUAAGGUGUAGUGGAAGUCGCUGUGCUUAAGUAGAACCCUCCACUGCGACUUCAGCCUGCCAAAUACGAUUUCCACUCCGGUCCUGGCAGCACUCAGGUAAAUGUUGAAUAACUCUUGUUCUGGUUUUAUGGCUGGAGACUGGAUAGCCAGUCAAGGAGUGGAUAUACCGGGUCACCAAGAAGGAAAAAGUUCACCUGUAUGUCCUUCACUCUAAAGGUAAGAUGACAAUAGUAAGACAUUACACAUCAUCAAGAAGGUGGGUAAGAUAUUCAGGUAAGCAGGUAGGCAGCACAGCAAUAUUGUGUGCGUGUCUCAUCUUAGCCAUUCUGGCUACAAUUAAUGUGGGGAGGCAUGAUGACCAUGGAAUGGCAGCUAAGCAGGUAGACCGCUGUGUGUUUGUGUGUACCAACCUUUGGGAGUAGGUGAGCCUUCUGAAACAGAGUUGAUUGUCUCACUACAUUUGCAUCAUGUGGACUCCCAGGCAGUUUGCAGUUGAUGUUCCAAAAGCUGUGUCAGAUUAAUAAUGUACAGAUAUUAAUUACAGAUAGAUUAGACAUUCAAAGUACUUACUUCACAUUAAUUGAAACGGGUAAACCUUACCAAUAGGUAUCAUCGACAAUCCCUUGGAAGAACAUAGGAGGGCCAGCCUUUGCGGUUGACAAAGUCCAUGUAUCUGUCAGUGGGUGGCAGGAUAGGGAUAUGUGCAUCCGAUGAUUUGUGGAGUGUGGCACACCCCCUUAAAUCUCUUUGCAAUAGUGCAGACCUCCUCCAGCGUUGAGACUUUGAUAAGAUCUUUGAUCACAGAGGAUACCAUUGCCUCGCAGAACACACACACAAACUUCUUCACUGUUGAUUUGUCUACUGCAAACUGAUUGGCUACAACACGAUAUUCCCCACAGUUUCCCAGUUUGUAACGGGCAAUUGCCACUCGCGUUUCAAGUGGCACGGCCGCACAAACAGCAAUAUCAUUGGGGCGCAGGCUUCUCUCCAUCAUGGCGCAUAGCUUCUGAAAGGAUAUUCGGGACAUGCGAAAGUGCUCUCCAUUCUGCAUCAGUAAAUUCUAUGAGGACCACUCUCUCCCACCAAUCCUUACUGCGAACUCGCAUCAAACACCCUUGAGUGGUCUGGGGUGGCAAGAUUGGUACCUCUCCAACCAUGAUAACAAAGGAAGAUGCCUGCUGCAUGAGGGCAUGACGGCGUCUUCUGCUUUCCGCCAACGUUGAGAAUAAUAAAGCUUGAUUUAGCGUGUUUUGUAAUAGUUGUAAAACCGCAAAAAACACAGCGUACCAAAACACUCAAGUUUUUUUUAUCUCUGCUAACUUCCAGUAUCCUAGCUAGCUAGCUAACUAGUAGCUAUCCUCAUUAGCAAUUGUUUACUAGGAGAGUACAGGAGUUGACAACAAGUAACUAUUGCAGGAUCUCGUGGCGUCACUUCCCCUAGAUAGUUCGAUCAUCAAAUUAAUCCAUAUAUACCGGGAUUUUAGGGAAAUCGUUUUAAUCAAAAUAUUGCAUGAAUCUGAUUAUUCACAGUAAUCACACUAUUGUGUGCAUGUAACCAUACUCAAACACAGUCUUGAGUCUCUCCUCAAACACUCUUGCACACUGAGGGCGAGGCACAUUCAUUGACACUGGCUCUUUCUCAAUGAUCUAAAAACCUUUCUGUCAUUCUGCCUCCAGUUGUCCAGAGAGGACAGCAGCCUGUCUCUCCCCCCUGGAGGAUGACCUGUCAUGUCCCAUCUGCUGUGAGAUCUUCACAGACCCGUGCUCCUCUACUGCAGCCACAGCUUCUGCAGGAGCUGCCUGGAGGCCACCUGGAAGCAGGGAGGGACCAAGGUCUGCCCCGUCUGCAGAAACAUGUUUCCUGGGGACCAGCCCCCUGCCAGCCUAGCCCUGAGGAGGACGCCUGUGAGACCUUGUGGAGGGAGAAGCAGCCCAAAAAGAGGGUCAAAGAGGAGGCUACAUAG